AUGGCUCGGUUUUCUGAUCUACCAUCCGAGAUAGUCGAAAGCGUAGUAUGCCUCCUGGAGCUCCGGGAUAUUCGCAGUCUUCGCCUUGCCAGUCGUGCUACCGAAGCCGCAUCCUCGCAAGCGUACUUCCAAACGUUCUUCCUCAGCAAGACGAUCGAGCUGGAAACCGAGGCAGUCGCAAGUUUCGCCGCCAUUACAGAGUCUAGUCGGUUCGCUGUACUUCUGCAAGAUCUCUGUAUCAAUGGCAUAUCACCAACUUUGGAGGCCAGUGAGCUCAACUCCGAACAUGUCGAUAUGCUAAGCACGGCAUUCCUCAACCUCCUCAAGCACUGCAAUCAGUACUGUCUCCGGAGUCUGACUGUCGGUGUCAACGACAAGGUAUCUAGCUUGUCUCGGAACUCUCGCUUCAUUGUUGGUGCUUCUGCAGUCAAGGCUGCACUAUACGCAGUCAGAAACAGUGGCCUUCUCGUGGAGAAACUCAAUUUUCUCCACAAUAUCAAAGAAUGCAGUGUACCUUGUACCACCUUUGACAGCCUCCUUGAAGCAGCGCGGCAGGUCCGCUUUUCGCGUUUACGAAGCUUGUCGAUCAGCCUCACCCAGCGAUUUCCAGAACCUGAUUUUGACGAAGAAGCCGAGGACGAACUCGCAGAUUGCAUAACAGACAAUUCAAAAGCUGAUUUGCAGGGAGUCGAGGCCGCGAUCAACUUCCUCGCUCUCGCCUCCUCACAUGUCGAAGAACUCAAUUUACACUGGUAUAAUACUUCGAGUUAUCCACCGAGCCCGACGGACGUCUUGUUGAGAGGCUGGUUUGAUCAACUCUCCGACACAGUCUUCUUCAGAAACCUCCGAAAUCUGACUUUACGUGGCCUACACGCCAGCCAACCGCCCCUGCUCAAAGUCUUGAUGUCGCCAUCUCUACAAACCGUACAUCUUGAAUUCAUUCGCCUAAGUGGCUCCCUGCGUCCAAUACUCGACUGCCUGACCUCGCCCAACCGAGCACUGAAUCAGUUCUACCUCGACGACAUAUACGAAGAGAAAUUGGUACACUUUUUCAUCCAAGGGAAACCCAAAUUUCCAUACUCAGGACGUGUGCCGGGGCCCAGCACUGUGCUCAGAAAGGGCACAGAAGUCACCCUACCACUUGAGUAUGGGUAUGCCGGGGGCCGAUCACUUGGCUCGCCUGAGUUGAUGCGCUUGCAAAGACGUCGGCGGCAAGACUUUGGGUGA